ACAUAGUAAAAAGCGCUGUUAGCGAAAUUCCUGUGGGAGUAAAAUGUAAAUUAUGAUGUAAGCGUUGUUGCUAAUCACAGGAAAUUUUUGUUUUAUUCUAUCUAUUUCGAGAUAUGUUUCUUCAUCAUUUUUUUACUUAACCCUUCAGAAAUGCAAUCAGUAAAUAUCCGCAUAAAUGUCGCGUUCUAUUACAUUCGAAUGGGAAAUUCUGAAAUUCUAGUUUUUUCAUUUACAAAUCGAGGAAAAUACGUACUAUAUGUGUAUGGACAUUAAAAAAAUACAUUCUAUUGAGUUCAGUAAAUAGCGGAAUAAAUAUUGCAUAGAAAAGAGCAUUUGACACAAGUAGAGGCUUCACUAACUCUGAAGGGUUGAAACCAUUAGACUUCAUCCUAAUGAAAAUCUUCUUUUUUUUUACCUUGGUAACAAACUAUUUUAAAAGGUUUUUAAGAAAACAUUAUGAUUUAAUCUCUUCAACUACUUCCUAAAUUUUAUUUUGGAUAUAUAUUGCAAAAUCCUGCGAACACUUACAUAUUCGUAAUAUUCGUCUUUAUACUUCAACACUAUUUUCAGAUCGUGUUUCAUAAAAAGUAAAAUUAGUUUUUUCUUUACUUGUUGAAUCCAUUUUAUUGAUAUUCAUUUGAAGAGUUUAUUUGAAUAUUUCAUGUCGUAUCUAUAUAUGCAGUAUGUUGACAUAAUGACGUACUAUCUUCUUCUCGUCUUUACAAUAUCUUUUUUUUUCAAGCUACUAUUUUGAAUGCAUUUUUGACUCUUCAAACGUGAUAAGAAACUUUUAAUGAAUCAACAUAGAAUAAUAGUAAGAAUUGAGGAAUCUUUUAUGUUUACUGUACACACUCCGAUUGAUAUUUCUCAAGAUUAUAAAAUCGAUUUUUUUUUCUUUCAUUCAUCACAUAACUGAUUAUAAGAGUAAUCAGUAAACUUAAUAUUGAGAUGUAAAAAACAAUGUUAACUUCUUCUUUUUUUAGACACAAAUUCAACAAUUGAUUCUGUACAGAAACAAUUAUCUAAGUAUCAAUUUAAUGAGACAAUACUUUCUCAAAAUCUUGAACAAUUAAAUCAAAAAUUACUUGAUGUUUAUCGAGAACGUGAAGAAUUUCAUGAACAUAAUGCACAAUUAAUAUUAUCUAAACAACAAAUUGAACAACAAUUACAGGAACGACAACAACAAAUCGAUGAACUUCAAUUAUCAAAUUAUAAUUCAGAAAAAUUCUAUGAUCUUCAACAAGAUAAUGAAUCACUUCGUUUAGAAAAUCAACAAUUACAAUUUAAAUUAAAUGAUAUGGAACAACGUUUAAAUCAAUUAUCAGUCAAUUCAACUAUUCAACGUGUUGAUUCACCAAGAGAGGUUUGUAAUCUUUAUUAA